AUGGACAUCUCGCAAGAAGCCAAAGACGGUGAAACUGGGGUGUCUCAAUUAGAGUAUGGCAUGACUGAAAAGGAUGCACCUCCAGUGCAGCAUGAGGAUGAACCCCAAACUCCUUACCAGCUUGGUUGGCGGACCAUACUGGCAGUCCUCACUUUGUCCAUGGCCAAUGUUUGUGCGGCAUUGUCCAAUACGACAAACACAACGAUCAAAUUUCAGGUAGCCACGGUCGCACGUUCGCCCUCAGAUGCUGCUCUCGCUUCGUGGAUUGCGAAUGGUAAUUUCCUGCUCAGUCUUGCUCUGGGUCCGAUAUUUGGCUCUGUCAGUGAUCGCCUGGGCAAGAAAUGGUUCCUCGUGGGGGGUGCUUCGCUCGGCAUCGUUGGAUCUAUGGUCUCGGGAUCGGCGCACAAGGUCACCGAUAUUAUCGGAGGUAAUAUCUUGACGGGUAUCGCCAAUGCUGGCUGUAUCGUUUCCAUAUCCUGCAUCCAAGAAAUCUUACCGAACAAGCUUCGUCCAUGGGCAAUGGGUGUCUCUCAAGCCAUGGCGAGCGCCUUUGUGAUCCUCGGAACAUUCAUAGCGGCUGCAUUUGUGCAACACAAUAUAGGGGGUGCUGGAGGAUGGCGCUGGGCUUACUACUUCAACGGAAUCAUCUAUGGUUUCACUGCAGUCGCAAUAGGGCUCACCUAUUUCCCGCCGCGUCCUGUUCUUGGUCGACACCGCGCGCUCAAGGACAUCAUGACCAAGGUAGACUUCAUCGGUAUUUUCUUAAUGGCAGGAUCGUUUACCUCGCUGAUUAUCGGUCUCACCUGGGGCGGUACCACAUACCCAUGGAACUCGGGACGGAUCAUUGCUACGUUAACUAUGGGAUGCGUCGGCCUUCUUUUGUUCGGGUUGUAUGAAGCAUUCGUCGUGAGAGAGGGUAUUCUCGACCGUCGCCUGUUUUCCGAGUCGAUGAAUUUCCCUAUCUUGCUGUUCGUGUGUACAAUUGAUGGGAUCCUGCUCCUCGGUGUGAAUGUGGCUCUGUCACAGGAGAUCUUUGAUUUGUUCACUGAAGAUGCAGUCAGCAUUGCGGUGAUGCUGACUCCAUACCUGGCCCUGUCAACCUUUGGUUGUAUCCCGGCAGGGUGGAUCAUGGCGUCUACCAAGUCUUAUAAGACCCUACUGGUUGCUGCUUUGCUCUGGUGUUCACUGUUUACAGGAUUGAUGGGCCUCGUCAAUGCCGAGAGGAAGAGCUGGGCAUACGCCUUCUCUGCAUUAUUCGGGGCUGGUACGGCCGUCACGACAACCAUUCCAGUGACCGCUCUUGCACUCUCCAUUCCCUCCUACUUAAUCGGCACAGCCGCCACCGUUUCAAUGUCCUGCCGAGCCCUCGGAGGCAUUGUGGGCAUUACCAUCUUCACGGCUAUCUACAACAACAAGUAUGCCUCGUUUGUCGGACCCGAGAUCGCGAAUAACUCCGAAGCCCCAGUUCAAAAGGUGGACAGUGCUAGGGCUUGGAAAUACAUGUGGAUUACUCUUGCUUGCUUGAUUGCCGCGAAUGGCGUUGCCGCUUGCUUCUUGAAGAGUGUGAAGCGUAUGAUGAAUGAGCAUGUCGAGUCUGCCUUGGAGCAUAACAAUGUUAGGGAGAAGCAACUUGAAUAG